CCCCUCUCCACUCCCGCCGUCGGCCCUCGUCCGCGCGGCCACCCACCUUCCCGAUCCCCACCGGCAUGCCGUCGAACUCCGCCUGCCUCCCCUGACCCUCCACGCCGGACAAAUCGCCUCCUGUCGUCCCCUUGGCCCUGCUUUCCCCCGCCUCCGGCGAUUCGUCGCCGUCGCUGCCCCCCUCCCCAAGCUCCUGCGCCCCUCCUCCUUGACUCGUCCGUCCUCGUGUGUUCCCCAUCCCAUGGCGGACAUGUCGUCGCCGACUGGCCAGGCCCGGCCGGCGGCGCCGAUGGCGACGGCUGACCUGGAGGCCGCCAUCGCGGCGCUCCCCGUCAGGAAGCAGCGCCUGCGGGAGACCUUCGACCGCCUCGUCGCCUGCGCGCCGCCCCAUUACCAUCUCCCCUUCACCUGGGACGACAUCGACGCCCAUGUCUCCUCCCUCCACGCCUCCCUCUCCCUCCGCUUCCGCCAGAUGCAGCAGCAGCCCCACCCCGGCGCCCCCGUGUCCGCAACCGCGAUCCACGACGCCGAGCAGCCCCACCCCUGCGUGCCCGUGCCCGCAACCGCAACCCCCGCCGACGGGCAGCCCGACCCUUGCGUCCCCGUGUCCGCAACCCACGGCGAGUCCAUCCAGGAGGACGAGGAGAUGGUUAUGGAGGAUGAGGACGCCUCUCCUGUUCAAGAGGAUGAUAGAGUGGAGGACGCAGGCAUGGGCUUUGUGGGGGCGCCAUGGCGCCAGGCCGGAGGAACUCGUGAUCAAGAGUUUCCGGUUCCGGCGCGGGCUCACGCCCUGGACGCCGGCAGCCCUAUGCUUCGGCAGCCAUACACGGCGUUCCCGCCUGAAGUGCAUAGCCAGCUGAAUCUUCCUAUGCUCCAGCGACAACAACCAUACAUGCGGUACCAGCAGCAGGAGUUUCCUGCCAUGGCGGUGGCCAGGAAUACCUACAAUAUUCCUCCGAUGGUCCAGCAGCCGUACCCGUACCACAAUAUUCCUCCGAUGGUGCAGCGGCCGUACGUGCCGUACUUCAGGCAAGAAUUCUCCCCUGAUUUCAGGCAAGAAUUCUUCCCUGAUGAUGAUGUGACGAGGCAGCCCUUCAGACAAGAAUUCUCCCCUGGUUUCAGGCAAGACUUCUUCCCUGAUGAUGAUGUGACGAGGCAGCCCUUCAGGCAAGAAUUCUCCUUCAGGCAAGAAUUCUUCCCUGAUGUGACGAGGCAGGCCCGGAUGGGCAUUGACCAUGUGCUCCAGGAGCAGUACAUGGCAAUGGCGCACCAUCGACCGUACUCCCCACAGCAGCAGUACAUGGCGCACCACCAGCCACACUUCCCUGUUGCACAGGCUCCUAGUGCUCAUGGUCAGGGAUCAAACACUAAGCGUCGACCACCGAGCAAGACUACCGAUACGGACAACAUCAAUGUUCGUAGUAGCAAGCCAAGUAAGAAGAGCAGGAGGAAUUUCCACAAGCACCAUGGCAAACCAAAGCCAAACAAUGAGCCAUUUCAAAAGAAGACCAUAUAUGAUUAUUUUUGAUAGACAGCAGGAGCAUUGCCAUGAUUCCGGGAGACCUCCGUUGAUUUAGAGAAACAAGUGAAUACCAUUACAGAUGAAAAAACAAGUGAAGACCAUUACAGACGGAUUCCCAAACUAGCAAACACAAGUCCAAAGGCACCACCGUGUGGGCAACAUCCGCAAGGGCAACAUUUGUAAAAUUUGCUGUGUUAUGACGGUCGGCAGUGGCGGCAGGUCACUACGGAGCAAUGCAAGCGUCCACGAAAGUGUGAUGCCGACGACAUGCUCUUCUGGAUGUGAGCCGUGGAGGGGACGUAUGCGGGGAAAUUGCAGUGGCAUCUUUUCCUUCACAAGGAUGUGUGGGUGAGAAGGAUGACCCACUCUGCAUAUCAUUCUACGCAUACACGUGCUUCAAUUUGAUGGCUUGGUAGGCUGCCGGUCAGUGCCUCGCUUUGCUGGGCCGACACAUAGCAAUCAAAUAUGAAUCACAUGCCUAGCAUUGAGAAUAAUACUAUCCUCUCCCUAGGCUUUAUCAUUAUAUGUUGACAUAUGUUUUUAGUUCAACACAAAAAAUGGUGUCGUUUUGUGACCAUUUGCCUUUUGACAUGAUUUUCAUCAUACUAUUAUUUUCACUAUUAAAAAAGUAUU